CUACGAGGGAUUAGAAGAAAAUUUCCGAGGCUUUUCUUUUUCUGGCUUUGCUUGUUGACAAUUUGAUGGCGACUACAUUGCACACUGGGUGGCGCUUGAAUCGAAAAUUCCCCUUGGCGAAAUGGUGAUCGAAGUGAAGCUCCAGGGCUACGAAAAUUUCAUCGAGUACAUGAGCAAGUUGGACGCUAAAGGAGAGAAUGUGAAUGUUUAUUUCUCGGGGAGUAAAGUUGAUGGGGUCAGCUGGUGCCCGGACUGCAAUGACGCUGAGCCCCAUGUCCGGCAAGGGCUCAGCUUGGCUCCGGAGAAGUCCUACUUCAUCUACGUAGACGUUGGCGACCGGCCAUUCUGGAAAGAUCCCAAGUGCCCCUUCAGAACUGAUAAGAACACUCAUCUCUCAGUUCUGCCUUCCUUCAUCCGCUGGAAGUGCCCGCAGCGCCUCGAGGGCGUGGAGCAGAUCUCCAAGGAGGAUCUUCUCGAGAUGUUCCUCACUGAUGAUUAAUACAGAAUAUGGGCUCUUUAUUCGUGAGCAAAUUAUACAAGAUAA